GAGCCCUUCAGGAUUGGACCAUACACCAACUUUGUUAACAUUGGAGAGCGCUGUAACGUGGCAGGAUCCAAGAAGUUUGCUAAACUCAUCAUGGCAGGAAACUAUGAAGAAGCCCUGAGCGUUGCCAAAGUGCAGGUGGAAAUGGGAGCUCAGGUGCUGGAUAUCAACAUGGAUGAUGGCAUGCUGGAUGGUCCCAGUGCAAUGACCAGAUUUUGCAACUUCAUUGCUUCUGAGCCUGACAUUGCCAAGGUGCCCCUGUGCAUAGACUCUUCGAAUUUUGCUGUGAUUGAAGCUGGGUUGAAGUGCUGCCAAGGAAAGUGCAUAGUCAACAGCAUCAGUCUGAAGGAGGGGGAGGAGGACUUCCUGGAGAAGGCCAGGAAGAUCAAGAAGUUUGGAGCUGCUGUGGUGGUGAUGGCUUUCGAUGAGGAAGGGCAGGCAACAGAAACAGAUAUUAAAGUCAGUGUGUGCACCCGAGCCUACUAUCUGCUUGUGGAAAAAGUGGGCUUCAAUCCAAGUGACAUCAUCUUUGACCCCAACAUCCUUACCAUUGGCACUGGGAUGGAGGAACAUAACUUGUAUGCUGUCAAUUUUAUUCAUGCAACAAGAGUCAUUAAAGACACAUUACCAGGAGUCAGAAUAAGUGGAGGUCUUUCCAACUUGUCCUUCUCCUUCCGAGGGAUGGAAGCCAUUCGAGAAGCAAUGCAUGGUGUUUUCCUUUACCAUGCAAUCAAGUUUGGUAUGGACAUGGGGAUAGUCAAUGCGGGCAACCUCCCUGUGUACGAUGAUAUCCAUAAGGACCUUCUUCAGCUCUGUGAAGAUCUCAUCUGGAACAAAGACUCUGAAGCUACUGAGAAACUCUUACGAUAUGCUCAGACUCAUGGCAAAGGAGGGAAGAAAGUCAUCCAGACAGAUGAGUGGAGGAAUGGCUCCAUUGAAGAACGCCUUGAGUAUGCCCUUGUGAAGGGCAUCGAAAAACACAUUGUUGAAGAUACUGAAGAAGCCAGGUUAAACCAGGAAAAAUAUCCCCGGCCUCUGAAUAUAAUUGAAGGUCCUUUGAUGAAUGGCAUGAAAGUGGUUGGUGAUCUUUUUGGAGCGGGAAAAAUGUUUCUACCUCAGGUUAUAAAGUCAGCCCGUGUCAUGAAGAAGGCUGUUGGCCACCUUAUCCCUUUCAUGGAAAAAGAAAGAGAAGAAGCCAGAGUGCUUAAUGGUUCGGUUGAAGAAGAGGACCCUUACCAAGGCACCAUUGUGCUGGCCACUGUUAAAGGUGAUGUGCAUGACAUAGGCAAGAACAUAGUUGGUGUGGUACUGGGCUGCAAUAAUUUCAGAGUUAUUGAUUUAGGAGUCAUGACUCCCUGUGAUAAGAUACUUCAGGCUGCUCUGGACCACAAAGCAGAUAUAAUUGGCUUGUCAGGACUUAUCACUCCAUCCCUGGAUGAAAUGAUUUUUGUCGCCAAGGAAAUGGAGAGGUUGGCAAUAAAGAUUCCAUUGUUGAUAGGAGGAGCAACCACUUCAAGAACCCACACAGCAGUUAAAAUAGCACCACGAUACAGUGCGCCUGUAAUCCAUGUCCUAGAUGCAUCCAAGAGUGUGGUGGUGUGUUCUCAGCUGUUAGAUGAAAAUCUGAAAGAUGACUACUUUGAAGAAAUACUAGAAGAAUAUGAAGAUAUUAGACAAGACCACUAUGAGUCUCUCAAAGAGAGAAAAUACUUAACCCUGAGUCAAGCCAGAAAGCAUGGUUUCCACAUUGAUUGGCUGUCUGAACCUCACCCAGUGAAGCCCACAUUUAUUGGGACCCGGGUCUUUGAAAACUACAGCCUGCAAAAGCUGGUGGACUACAUUGACUGGAAGCCUUUCUUUGAUGUCUGGCAGCUCCGGGGCAAGUACCCGAAUCGAGGCUUUCCCAAGAUAUUUAAUGACAAAACAGUAGGUGAAGAAGCCAGAAAGGUAUAUGAUGAUGCUCAGAAUAUGCUGAACAUACUGAUCAGUCAAAAGAAACUCCAGGCUAGGGGUGUGGUUGGAUUUUGGCCAGCACAGAGUGUUCAAGAUGACAUCCACCUGUAUGCAGAAGGCGUGGUGCCCCAGGCUUCAGAGCCCAUAGCCACCUUCUAUGGGCUGAGGCAGCAGGCUGAGAAGGAUCAGUUAGACAAUAUGAGUGGCAGGAAAACUCUGUUGACCCGGAUAAGUGCCGAGGUUACCGAUGCAGAAGGCUGCUGCAUCCAGCCCUCUGUGGAUGCGGGGGAUCUGAACUGA